ACGCGACGCCAAGUGCAUCUCUGCACCGAUGGCCGACUAUGCUACAAUCGCCGAUAACUUUGUGUGCACGACCAUGAGCAGCGGGCACCGACGACUGCACACGGGCUGGCUGCACAUGAAGCAGCGCUCGUUCCUCUCGGGCUGGAAGCGGCGCUUCUGCGUCCUCAAGCGGGACCGCGACGGCGCGUACGUGUACCUCCACGUGUACAAGGGCAGCAACACGGUCAACGAGCCGCUCCUCGAGUCGAUUGCGAUCCGCCAAGUCAAGACACACGUCCUGCACGCCAGCUCCAAGACGCCGUUCGUGCUCGAGGUGCUGCCGUACGUCUCGGCCACAGCGCUCUUUGCCUGCAGCGACGAGCGCGUCUUUCGAGGCUGGGAGACCCAGUGUGACGCGGCUGGCAUCGACAUGGUGGCGCGCGUGACGAGCUCCGCGUCCGUGUCAACGUCCAGCAACGACACGGACGCGACCGAGAAGGAGCCAGGGUUGUUUGAACGCCUCGGGAAGGCGUACAUGAAGACGUUCCUCAUGGACGCCGCGACGGCCAAUGACAUUGCCGUGUCCAAGCGCCUUCCGUCGCGCCACAAUAACUCCAUCGAACGCAAGAUCGAGAGUCGGCUGCAGCAGUGGUUUGUCGGCGGCGCCGACUGCGGCAAAUGCUCGGUCAACGGCAUGGACGUCGCGGGACCCGCCGCGUUGCCGCAGCAAGUGACACUGCACAUGGUGUCCCCCGGUGGCUGGAAGUGGUGCGUGACCGAGGUCUACACAACACUGCCGCGCACGACGUUUCGGUGGCGCCAAGUGGGCUAUUUCCACGGCACCUUCCAAGGCGUACCCGGCAACGGCGACAUGAUCGAGCUCGAGGGCUUUUGCCACAUGGACUUUGACGCGGCGUCCAGAAAGCCCACGCACCUGCAGCUCUUCUACACUGUCGACGGCCUCCUCGCCGCACUGCAGGCGUACGUGCGCGAGAAGAACCUCGCGACUGCCGUGUGACCACUGAUAAGCGUCGCGUAGCCGACCGUUGUUUACAUGUCGUUUCC